AUGAGAGACAACGACAUACCAUUUCCAUUUAACAGUUGAAUGUUACAGCGUCUGACGGUCAAAUCGAAUAGUGUCUUCCUUGCAAUCAGUUUAGUUUACGAUUCAAACCUUUCUGUCAAUAUGAGUGAAAAUCCGGCUAAAAGAGUUAAAUUGGAGCACAAAUUCGGCGAAGUUAAACAAGAAAUUCGUGUGGACGAGGCCGAUUACGUGGUUUGCAAUCCUGGUGAACUGAUUGGAUCGUACAGAAUCGAUAAAAAAGUGGGUGAAGGAUCAUUUGGUCGAGUAUUGCUGGCAACCGAAACGACAUCUGGGAAAUGUGCAGCUCUAAAGCUAAUUAAAAAUGACGAGGCCAAGAGCAAAGUUGCAAUGACAGAAAUCGAUGCACUAGCAUUCAUUUCACGCAUGGAUCCGCAGAAUAAAAGUUUGUGCAUAAAAAUGUUGGAAAAUUUUAUCAGCGACUCAUAUGUAUGUAUCGUGUUCCCAGUGUUGGGCCAGAGCAUUUUCGAUUUUAUCCGUGCAAAUAAUUUUGAGUCCUUCCCGAUUGAUCAAACAUGUCACAUAGCCCAUCAAUUGUGCAAGGCUGUGGAUUUUCUUCAUCGUCAUGGAAUGACUCACACGGAUCUCAAGCCAGAAAAUAUUUUAUUUGUCAACUCCGACUACACCACCGUUUACGAUUCAGAAAAAAACUGCAGUGUUAGGAGACUUAACUGCACCGACAUCCGUUUAAUUGACUUUGGUCUCCUCACACGAGACAAAGGCCCACACAGCACAAUCGUAUCAACAAGAUAUUAUCGAGCUCCCGAAGUUAUACUUGAGCUAGGAUGGAGCCAUCCAUGUGAUGUUUGGUCGAUUGGAUGCAUUAUGGUCGAGAUUUACUUCGGACACGUAUUGUUUGACACUGAAUAUGAUCGGGAGCAUUUGGCCAUCAUGGAAAAGACUCUCGGUUCGAUUCCAUUGUCGAUGAUAAAUGCGACAAAAACAAAUCAUUUUAAAAACGGAUUAUUGGACUGGAUCUGGAAUGGCUGGGAAGGAAUGGAAGAACAAAUUGCAAUUUUUUUCAAACCUCUAGAAGGGUACAUGCUUAGUGACUCCGACGAGGACGUAAGCCUAUUUGAACUGAUUGAGAAAAUGUUGGCAUACGAGCCAACCAAACGAAUUUCUGUAAGUGACGCCCUGGAGCAUCCAUUUUUCAAUACGCUACAAAGUUAAUUUGAAUUUGUUAGAAGCCGAGUGAAUUUGUUGUAAAUAAUUGUUGUUCUGUUGAAAAUAGAAAAUAAAAAUCCAU